AUGGAGGUGACCUCCGUGUCCCCAUCUCCUGCCUCACCCACUGAAGGAGAUUAUCUGUGUGAGACAGAUGUCACCAGAGUGGCCACCCACAGUGUGACACUGCUCAUCUGCCUCUGUGGACUGGCUGGGAACGGGGCUGUCAUCGGCCUCCUCAGCCUGCAAAGCCGUAACUCUGGCAUCUUUGACUUGGCUGUCACUGAUUUCCUCUUCCUUCUCUUCACAGUCCUCUCUGCCCUUCUCUUCCUGGUGGAGGAUGUCUCCUGCUCUCAUAUUAUGCCCCUGCUGUACCUGAGUUUCCUUUUCCGGAUGUCAGUGGUCUCCUACUACUGGGGGCUGUUUCAGCUGAUACGCAGUAUCCCUGUGCUUUUUGUGCGCAACCUCUUCCAGCGCUGCUGCCCCUAUGACCUUCCCGAGCGCAUGUGGUUGGUGGUCGGAAGUGUCCAAUCUUGUGCCUUCUUUGCUCUCUUUGCUGUCAUUCCUGCAGUGACUUUCCUGUGCCCGUCACACGAGGAGAAGUACUGUCGUGCGCCUCUCAUCUCCACAUACACCGUCAUCCUCCUCUUCUUUGUUGCACCCAUGCUCAUUUCCAGCACAAUGGAUUUCAUUAAGGCCAAGUCGGGCUCCCAGCAGCAGCAACCCAAGAGGCGCGAAAUCGUUAUCGUCAUCACUGUGCUCCUCACUCUCCUCCUCAGCGUCUGCCAUUUUAUGCAGCAGCUCGGUUACAUCGAUGUGUCCUCACAGGUGGUUUUCCUGCUCACCUGCAUCAACAGCAGCAUCAAACCCUUCGUCUACUUCUUGGCAGGGUGGUGCACAAGACCCUUCUCCAUGGCGAGCUGCUGGAGGCUCUGUAGACUGCGAUCUCUCAGGGAUUCCCUCCAGAGGGUCUUUGAGGAGCAGAAAGAAAAAACUGACCACAGCAAUGAUGCCCCAGGGACACAGGGAUGUGGAUCUUUGCUAUGGAAUCUCACAUCCCCUCACCAGCCCAGUCCUUUCAAGGGCAAACACUUCAUGAUCCAGGAGCUGAUGGAGCACCAGGACAUCUGGAGAGGGACUUAG